CAUCAAAUGUUGUUUAUCAAUCACUCUGAUAUUUUAUAAUUUAAUUAUCUGUAAAUUGUGUAAAUCAAGUGUUUUAUAUGUAAAUAAGUAAAAUCGUAAUUAAGAAAAUAUAUCAACAAAUCCCUUGGAACAAGUAACAUUUAAUUGUGAUCCUUUUCUUACAUAAUCAAGUAUCUUUUUUUUUCUCUUUCUUUUUUCCUUUGUUUGUUUUUUUUUCUUUAAAGAGAAUUAGCUUUCUUCUCUUCUUCCUUUUUUUUCUAAUCAUUUGAAUCUGUAUUAAUUGAUUAUUUGUUUAGAUUCAAAGAUUGAGUGAUUGAGGCCAUUUGGUUCUGUAAUCUGAAUUUUACAGUUAAUCUGAUUUUCUCUUUCUUUCUUCUCUUUGUUUCUUUGUUUUGUUUACUUCUCGGGCUUUAGUUGCCCCUCGCCAUCUUUAUUUAUCUUCUCUCUUCCUUUCUCUCCCCCUAUCUUUUUUUCUCUUUCUUUCUUUCUUUCUUCCUUUCUUCUCUCUCUCUCUCUCAAGUUGUGUCAAAUUUGUGAGAGACUCUUUUUCAACAACCAUUAUAUAAUUACCAAGAAUUAAUUUUCUCCUCUUCUUGGUAGCCAUUUUUUAUCUUCUGCAAUUUUGAUAUUUUGUUAUAGUUUCUCUUUAGAAAACUUCUCAAAAAAAACAAAGAUAUAAAUUUCUAAGGUCCAACAAUCAAGAUAAUGGAAUCAAAGAUCCAUUAGUCUUAAAUACGCAAUUAAAAGGGAUAGUAGCAAAUAAUCAAAAUUGACAAAGCUCUCUGCCAACUCUAAUAUAUUAACAAUCUGUAUCUAUGGUCAAUCUAACCUGUUGAAUCACUUCCAGUGUUUGGUUGUUAUGUAACUUGUGCUUCUUAUUACAUCACUUGCUUCAUCUUUCCUGUUUUCUUCAUAAUUCUGAAUUCAGACUGUUAAUCAAUUGGAUAAUGUUCUCCAGUAUUUCGUCUUAUCUGUUUGGCUCAAAUUCUGAAGAUGGUUCAGAAAAUUUGGAAGAAACUCUGGUUACCGAACCUAAUGGCGGUGAUUGGGUAUUAGUUGAUUCCAAGGAACAGGUUACAAGUGUUGGUCAAUCAAUUCUGAUGGAUUCUGAUUCAAAUAAACCUGAUGAGGAUAAAGAGAAUGAUUCAUCGGAUGAUGCAUCAUCAAUAUCAUCACUAAGUGAGUCGAGUUCAACUGAACAUGAUGAUGAAAAUGAGAUGCGCUCUUAUGUCACUGCAAAACCUGCCAAAAAAGUGAAAAAGCCCCGAAAGCCUCGCAUCAUCAUCGACGAUCACAAUGGUUUCAGCGCUGGCCUAAUGGAUGGUUCAUGGUUCGUUACCCCACCGCCUUGUUUCAUUCGCCAUAAAAAAUCAAAGAAACGUUUAAUUGCUUCAUCGCCAAUGGAAGAUAUGUUGAUUGAACAUCCAUCCAUCAGUGUUUACCAAGCCAAUACUUCAACUGAUUCGUCAAUCAACAAACCAAACAUUACGCCAUUUGAUUAUCUUAUUGAGGCAUUUGAUUACUUUCCAUCUCUAACUGCGAUCUCUAAAAAUAUCGCUUGGCCAGAGUGGAAUGGACAAACUAAAAUCAAGAUUCCAGCCGCUCGAUUGAUCAGCAAACCAACAACAUCAACCCAACGAAAAUCACCCAAAAAACAAAAUUGCUCAAACAGACAACAAUUAAACUCACAAGAUGACCACCACCAAGCCAACUAUAGCAGCAAUUACUUCAACAAGCUUCCUCAAGUUAAUCAACCUCACGCAUCACGUGAACUCCGAGCAUUGAAUAAUGACGCAAAUCAACAUGACAGAAACGAUUACCUUCAGGAGAUUAACAAUUUACAAUACAAUUUAGCACCAAUGCAAAAAGCUAUCAACCAAGGAUCUCAAAAAUUUCUUAAAAAGUCUUUCCUCAACCGACAAAACCUGGUCAAGUCUCGAAGUGACCGCCGACGAUUUACUCAGCCACCCAAAUGUCACCCACUGAAAAUGUGCUGAUCUGAAAAGAUCGUUAUUCAAUCCAAGUGAUUUUCGGACCUUCCAAACAUCAACGAUCACCAACGAUUUCAAAAUUUCUCAAACUCAUAAUCUUAAUUCUUUCUCCUUAUUUAUCCAAUAAUUAUAAUUUCCUCUUAAUUAUCUUAAUCAUUCUUACUCUCUUUUCUUACUAUCUUUUCAUCAAUCAAAACUUAUAAUUAAGUUUCAUUUCUAUUAAUCUGAGCAAAUACACAAUCAUUACACAUGAACAGUUUAUAUCUAUGAUAAAUUUAUAUGUAAUCUUAACAAACUUAUUUAAUUGAUCACAAUAUGGCUCAUGAUAAUAAAGAAAAACCAAAUUAA